AUGUAUCGAUCUCAAUGGGCAGCGUCAUCGAGUCAAGAACAUAUUUUAGCGAUAUGGCUUCGACGUUCAGCAUUUGAUAGUUAUUUAGCACAAGCUGUACAUAGUUCACAUAAAGGUCUUCCUCAAGAUGAUGAACAAGAUUCGAAAAAUAAAAAUCAUCAAGGAUUAAUUCGUUUACAAUGGGAUCCUGAUCAUCAUCCACAUGGUGAACCGGUCAAUGGUCGUCGAGCUAUUCAAUUAGGUCUUAAAAAAAUUGAAAGUUUUCUUGAUGGUCGGGAUAUUAUACGUAUUGUUGAUAUAACUUCAUUUGUUCAAACUCAAUAUAAUAACGCUGUUUUACCAAAAGAUCAACUUGAUCAACUUCGUGUUCCUAUUGAACGUAUUUAUGUACCACCAGAUGAACAAAUUCGUCAUCAUAUACGAUUAGAUGUCUGGACAGAACAAGAAGAAGAAUAA